AUGACCUUGGCCCGAAGUCAAUUGAGGAAGUUCAAGACAUCAACAGCGAAAAGUGGAUUUGGUUCCGGUUUAAAAGAGAGUGUAAAAAAUGUUGAAAAUUGUCCUGACAGUAAAGAGAAAUGGAGAGAAGCUGUAGAGAGAAAGAAGUGUCCCAGUUUUGCCUUCAAACUCAGUAAACCUGAGGAGUUUAUAUAUCAUUGUGUCAUCAACUCAUAUCUUAACCAGUCAGUUGAGUUAUGUGCCCAACAAAAAAUCAUAUUUGGAGGUUCUUGUACAGAGUAUAGUGCCAGCGCAAACAGAAUUCAAGGGAGCCUCAAGGCACUAUGUACUAAUUCAUCUCCACCAUGUCCAAAUGUAUAUAAUUCAACACAAUCAUACAAGUACCAAGGAUGCUAUCAUUUGUCGAAAAAGAAUCAAACAAAAAUAGCAGGAAAAAAUACAAGUGGAGACCUGAAGCCAGUUCUUAGUAUUAUGAUACUAUGUCUUUUGAUUAUUGUUGAUUGAAACCAAACGUUUUG